CCGAAGGACACCUUGCUGCCAGUACAAACGAUUGGAGUAUGCGCCUGAGAAUCUUGUGCCACACAGAGAGAUGUGAUUACACCUUCAGUGAAGAUUAAUAAAUCUACCUCCACGACCAGAAUUACUAGUGUCAUGGUAUCUCUACCACAGCACCAUAGUGUCAGUCCACCAAGUUUGUAGUACGUAUCCGCGUUCAGUUCAGCCAUCACUCAUCACCUCAUGAUCCGAGCAAUUGGUCUCCCCGCCCUCGUUACGUCAUGUACUUGCAACCAUCCUUUCCAGGUUCGCAUAUGAGCACAUGGAAAUUUGAUUGACGAAGAAGAGGGGCACUACCAAGUAAUUUUGACUUGCAAGCGAAUCUUCCUACCUAUGAGGUAUGAGGUAGUUCCGAGGUAACCACCUAACCUAGAAAAGAGCUUACUUUCCUUUGCCUUGACAAUAAUAAAUACCCGGCCAUCAUCUCCUCAUCCAUCAUUGCAUCCUGUCACUCCAUACUCGACCCUCUCUACAAACACAUCACAACAACACACGCCUUCGCAAAUAACAACUACAAAUCAACCAAAAUGUCCAAGUCUCGCACUCCUCUCAUUCUUGGCGGCGCUGCUGUCUCUGGUAUCGGAUACUACCUCUACGCCGCUGGCGGCAACCCACGAGCUGCUGAGAAGAAGGCCGAGAGUGACGCCCAUAGCGUUGCUGCCGAUAUCAAGAGCCACCUUCCCGGCCGUUCCCCUAAUGCUGAGGGUGAGCUGAAGGGAGCUGGUGCUGCUGCCGGUGCCAAGAUUGACAGUGUUGCUGCCGAAGCCGACCGUCAGGCUGGUGUCAUCAAGAGCAAUGUCGAGUCUGUCGCCAAGGACGCAAAGGCCGAGGCCAUGAGAGUAGUCGACAAGUUCGACCACCGUGUCGAGGCGGAAGCCGCAAAGGCCAAGGGCGGUAUCUCGAGCUGGUUCGGUGGCGGCAAAUAAGCGAAUUCUCAACAAUCAAGAAUCAAGAUGAAGCAACUGUAUUACUUAUUUAAUCAAAGUCGGAGCCUGGGGUAUCACUUUUGGGAUUGAGCGGGCGAAUGGUCAUGGCCCAGCAGCAUGAGACUGGCCGUGAGAUAGCUCUGGGUCUCUGCAUGCAAUGUAAUUUGAUAGUAUAAGAGCAAUGAAUCACGGUCAACAAGAAGAAGACGUACACGUUUUGGUGACAUGCGGUGUUUAAAGACUAUCCACCGCUUCGAAUAUUGUCUAAGCUCAUUAGUUUCAUAUAACCAAGUCCAGAACUCCAAUCCAUUUAUCAAUAUAAUCCCUGGUGAUCACCAGGUGCCAGUCUCUCUAAUAUCAGACAACCCUAUUGCUCCAAUUCCUCAGCCACCAACUUAAGUAUUUCCUCACAACUCUUUCUCGCAUUUGUGGGCUUCUUGGCAAUCGCCUGCCACACUUCGCCGUGUCGAGGUUCAUUCAGCACGCACUUCGUCACCACAUCUGCCCGCUUCUCCUCCGUACCAUGUUGGCACAAGAACCGGUAGUACCAAGCCCAAGAAUCGCCGUAGUCGCUGUCCAGCACAAGAGCCUUCUCGAACCAGUUUUGCGCCUUCUCCAGCUUACGAUCGCCCCAAAAGAUGCGCGCCACAGCCACAAACAGGAUGGGGUCACUGUCCACCUUCUUGAUAGCUUCGAGACUGCGGGCCUUGCGCUGUGUUCUAGGUUCCAGAUGCCAUAUCUGUUCUGCCCAGAGGAGACCACUCUUGGGGACUUCUUGUUGCGCCUUUGCCAUCAUUGACUUGGCCUGGGCUGUGUUACCUGCUCGACGUUCUAGUCGUACUGACUCGCACCACAACUGCGCAUUCUUUGGCACAGCGAGUCGAGCACGGUCAAGCACCGAUCGAGCCUUCACGGUAAGACCGGCCUGCUCCUCAAGCCUGGCAUACAGAAGCCACAAGGGAACAGACUUGGGUACUGCCUUGACUCCUGUGGCAUAAGCCUCUCUCGCUUGGCCAGUUUUGCCGAGGUCCUCAUAGAUCUGUCCCUUGAGCAUCCAAAGCUUGGCUGCUGCAGGGAACAACUGAAGGGCCUGAAGGACAAGAUCUAGAGCAGCCUCGAUGUUGCCCAACACUCGUUCAAACACAACACUCUUCAUCCAUACACGAUCUGUGGGAGCCUUCUCACGGGCAAUCUCCAGAAGCUUCCGGGCUUGUUCGCCAUUGCCAUUUUCUGACUCUAGCUUAACAGCGGAAAGCCAAAUAUCCUCGUUGUUGGGGUUUUGGUUGAAGGCACGUUUGAGAACGAGACGAGCAUUAUCCACCUCGCCAGCCUGCCACUUCUCCUUGGCCAGCAUCAUCCAUAGGUCCUCGCUCUUGGGGCACGCCUCCACAGCCUUCUCCAGCACUUGCCAGAGCGACUCUCGGGUUCCAUGGUUCCUUUCCAAGUCUGCUGCUGCCAUCCACAUCGUUCUACUGUUGACGAAUAUCCGUAGUGCGUAGGCGUAGAUGGCCCUGGCUGUCUCGUAUUUGCCUCGGUUGAUACUUGCCCUCGCAUCUUCCAUCCAUGUGUCUUUGCGAUCAUCAUCCUCGUCCAAACUCCAACCUAGAGUCUCCCGAAUGAUGUUCUGACAGGUAAUAAUGGCACCUUCCUCUUCGCAUCGUUCUGCCUCUGCAAUCCACUCCUCGCGCUUGGGCAUCGCAGACUCCUUCGCCAGGACCUGGACACCACGCUUGAUAACAUUGACCUUGGUACCCUGUCCGAGCUGUUCCUGUAACCGUGCAGCCGCGAUCCAAAUUUCGUGUGACGUAGGACAGGCCUUUCGAGCCUUGUUGAGGACCUUCUGGGCGUUCUCUGGCGUCUCCAAUCGUGCCAAGGCCAACCAGAGAUCCACAGAGAGGGGAAUCAGUUCGGUGGCCUUGGCUAGGAGCAGCUUGGCAUCAUCGGAGUUUUCCUCCAAGUUCACUGCCUCCUUCCAUAAAGCCUCCGAUUCAGGGAUGUGAUCAAGCGCUUGUCGGAUAACUCGCUUCUUGUUGCUUGGAAUUGUCUCUAGCCUCAUCGCCUCGACCCAGAGUCUAACUGAUGUGUUGUUGGCCUCAAUAGCUCUUCGUGCAAUAAUCUUUGCAUUUGGAGAAUCGCUGUUAAGUCGAAUGUUCUCAAGCCAAGCAUCUUCACUUUUAGGACACUGUGUACAACCCUUGUCGAUCGUCUUUCGUGCCGUUACACUCUUGCCUGCCAACUCCUCGAGUCGCGCCGCCGCGAUCCAACCCAAAGCGUUUGUGGGAUUCGUCUUGACAACAGACUGCAAAAGCUCGCGAACACGGUUGAUAUCUCCAACUUGAGCUUGCGCUUCACUCAUCUGCAUCUUGUUGAGGCUAGUAAGAUAGCCUUGAGGGUCGAUACUAGUUGAUGUACCUGGCGCAGCAGAAUCGCUCCCAGCUUGCUCCAAUCUGGACUUGAGCACCUUGUCGCGAGCCGCGCCGAUCUUAGCAAAGUUGGUCAUUGUACCAUCUGCAGCAUCGCUGCCACCAGCGUUGGACGAAGUGCCCUCAUCCAUAACUGUUGUUCCCAUCUCGCUCGAGUCGCGCGCUGCCGCAAUGACGCUGUCGGGAACAGCAUAGAAUCGUUGUCGCAACGCUUGCUUGCUACGCCGGUUCUUGCCUGUCAAGUCGCCAACUUCGGGUAGAUUUGCCCAUUCAUCGUCAGUAACAGUCGCCAGAGCUCGCUUCAGGUCGGAAAACUGCUGUUGGAUUUUCGGGUUGUUUCGUUCGUAUUCGUCCUUCUCGGCCUGCUCUCGUGCUUCGCGCUGCUUUUUUCUUCGGUCCAUUCUCUCAUCCACCCAUUCCCAAAUCUUAUCAGCCUCCUCAUCAUCUUUGUCGUAUACACCGCCAGCGAAGAGCCCAACUUCGUUGUCAGGAUCUUGAUAUCGUUCUUCGUCACCUCCCUCGUCUUCAUCUUUUUCUUUAUCCUUGCCCUUCUUAUCCGGCGCAAGACCUAGCUGAGCGGCACGCUUCGCAAGAGCCUCCUUGAUCUGAUCCUCGCUGGGUCCAUCUCGAGCAGGGCCAAGAUCGGAUCGUGUCGUAAAACCUGUUGCGCCUCGUCCGAGACCAGCGACAUAGUUCUCAGGGGCAGCCUGAUUGAGGAAAUCGCGUCGCCCCGACAUGCUGACGGCGAGUCCUUUGUCUUGCUAUUAAAUGAGUGAGUGUGUCGAUUGAAUCCAAUCCCGAGGUUUGAAGAGGGAAGAUCAAGGUCGCGCAGAGCUCAGAUGAGAAUGGAAGC